UCGUAGAGCUUCUAUUCGUUAUUCUUUUUCCCUUGCUAUCUAUAUCAGCUCAACUCGAUUGGCGAGUCGCACUGCAUCACAUCACGUAACAAUAUAUACAUUGCCUCAUCUUAUUCUCUCUCUCUCUCUCUAUACCAUCAGUACCGCGUUUUACAUCGCGACGUACGUUAGCGGCGCGCUAAUAAGUAAUAAGGCUCUCUCGUGCUUCUUCUUCUUUUUUCUGUACCGCAAAUGUGUGAGCGACGAUGCGUCGCGUGUCGCGCAAAGAGUAGUUUUCACCGACUGGUACCGGACACCUUCCGAUGCCACUGUCCCUUCGAGAUCGGUUAUUUGAUCGUCAUCCCUCGCUGCGAUCGAAAUAAAUCCAUUACCGAUCACGUGAGAGACAAAUCAGUGGGUGUUGACGAGUGUUUGUGCGCUUUUGACAAGCUUUCGCCGUAGACAUACGCCAUCCACUCGGAGGAUCAACGGCAAGAAAGGAGCCAACGCGUCGACACCACCUUGGAAGUAGAAAAAUGUCGAGUGUAAUUUGAGGCUCGACGGCGGGCGUCGGGACUCAUUGGAGUGGCACGAGGGGGCGGAGGAAAGAGGAGGAGGAGAAGCAGGCGUCGUCGUUGCCCGUGGGGAGGAGCACCGGGGAGGACAGGCCUCCGGUGCAACCGGUCGAGGAUGCCGCUGCCACUUCCUGGAUGUACAGGCUCUUCGACGAGGGCAGUCUAUCGCUGGACGGGUGCAUCGAGGGCAGGAUCGCUGACUGCUUCGAGGACGUCGGGAGCAAAAUCGAGGAGGCGUCGCCGGAGGGCAGCAGCAAUGUCGCGCCAGUAGGGCUGAUCGAGGGCCUUGGGGCUGAAAUCGACGAUAUGGUAGCCCAGGGUAACCAGGGCUACGCUCACGAGCUACUCCACCAAUCAUCGCAGCGUCACCAGCCCCGCGAGCUCGUUGUUUCGCUCGAGGAGCUCAGACCGAGGCUACCCGGCGACUCCUCGGCCAGUGCCAUGAUUUACCACCAACAGAGUCAAGCCUACUAUGGCUUGCCCGAGGCUCUACAAGAAAGCCCUUGCGCAACGGUGUACUACGACGAGCUAGAACCACCCACCACCACCGUGGUAGCCGCCGGCCCUCCCGGAGGUGAGAUCGUCACCGCACCGAGGCGCGCCAGCGACGCUCGAGUCGGGACGCCAUCGUCCUCCCCGACAACUCCGUCGACUCCGAGCACAACGGCAACGCCGUCCCCGUGUCUGGUGGUCGUGGUGGCGAAAUCGGCGGCGAGCACCUGUCGCCCCGCUAAGGUCUCCCCCGCCGAGCCGGUGUACAGCAGCACGGACCAGCGUAUGGAUACCACCACCACCCCGGAGUCGAUCCCCACGACUACGGCUACGAUGACGGUUGCAACAGAAGCGGUCGUGGCGACUACAGUAACCAGCAGCGCGGGCACCCCAGCCGUGGUUGCCGAUCAACGACAGCAGCAUCGGCAACAAUCUGGAACGGGAAGGCGCCACCACAGCCACCACCAUCACCAUCAUCACCAUCACCACUCGUCCGCGAGGAGUUUGUCCUCUUUGUCGGAGCGGGACGAUAACCAGCAGCACGGGGUCAUUGGCAGCGUCGACGACGCGCUGGAGCACCCGUCGAAAAAGAGGAAGAUCCUUGGCCACGAUGGCAACGACAUGGAGGACGAAGGAGACGAUGCCAAAUCCAUCAGGUCCAACAACGACUGUAAAAAGCAAAACCACAGCGAGAUAGAAAAACGACGAAGGGACAAGAUGAACACGUACAUAACCGAGCUGUCGGCCAUGAUACCGAUGUGCCACGCCAUGUCGCGCAAACUCGACAAGCUCACCGUGCUCCGCAUGGCGGUCCAGCAUCUCAAGACCAUCCUCGGAGCCGUCACUUCUUACACGGAAGGACACUACAAACCCGCCUUUCUCAGCGAUCAGGAACUCAAGACUCUCAUCCUCCAGGCAGCCGAGGGCUUCGUCUUCGUCGUCGGAUGCGAUAGGGGCAGGAUACUCUACGUCUCCAAGUCGGUCUCGCAGGCGCUCAAUUACUCUCAGGACGAUUUGCUCGGCCAGAGCUGGUUCGACAUUCUACACCCGAAGGACGUCGCCAAGGUCAAGGAGCAGCUCUCGUCCUCGGAUCUCAGCCCCCGCGAGCGACUCAUCGAUGCCAAAACGAUGCUACCGGUCAAGACGGACGUACCCCAAGGAGUGUCGAGACUAUGCCCGGGCGCGAGGCGCUCCUUCUUCUGCCGGAUGAAGCGCAAGGUUGACGCGCGCUGCCCCGAGACGCAAGUCAAGGAGGAGGCCGACACCACUACCGGCUCCCACAGACGGAAAAAACAGCAGAAUCACGACUGGAAGUACUGCGUGAUCCAGUGCACGGGCUACCUAAAGUCGUGGGCGCCGGCCAAGAUGAGCCUCGAGGAUCAGGAGCCCGAGGCGGACACCGAGGCCUGCAACUUGUCCUGCCUCGUGGCGGUGGGACGGGUCCAGGCGCCGUUGAUCGGACCGUCAUCGGCACCCCGCAGACUCAGGCUGCGCACCAUCGAGUUCGUCUCGCGGCACGCCAUCGAUGGCAAGUUCCUCUUUGUCGAUCAGAGAGCUACCCUCGUGCUGGGCUUUUUGCCCCAAGAGUUGCUCGGUACUAGCAUGUACGAGUAUUACCACCACGACGACAUACCGCAUUUGGCGGAAUCGCACAAGACUGCUUUGCAAACGACGGAACCCGUCACCACUCAGGUGUACAGGUUUCGCGGCAAGGGAGCGAGUUUCGUGAAACUGCGCUCGGAAUGGAGGUCGUUCAAGAAUCCUUGGACUAAGGACAUCGAGUACCUCAUAGCUAAAAAUUCGGCCGUCUUUUCGGAUACGCGGCAGGUGGAGAGCAGCGCUAAUCGAUCGGAAGGCGGUAGUGUUCAGGAAAACUACGAUUACUUUGCUCAAAGUAACGGUGGCCUCGAGCGGCUCAUCUCUAGUCACGUCGAGGUGAGCAAAAUCGGACGUCAAAUAGCCGAAGAGGCCUUGGAUCUGCAGCGGCGUAGCGACCACGACUCAUCCUCGGGCAGUAGCCCCAUGUCCGGGCUAGAAGCCGCUUUGCUCAAUCACGAGACACAGAUAACGACAACGGCCUCCCCAGAGCAAACGUCGGACAUCCGACAGGCCAGCAGCGACAACAGUAGCAGCGAUCCCACGUCCCUGUACAGUCAAAUGAACAAUGUACAACUAAACAUCAUCGCCAGUGAUCAGCAUAGCGAGGAUGACAUGAUAGACAUGAUAAGCGGCACGACGAUCAACGAGUCGUCGAAUCCGGGGCCCACUGAUGGCAACGACGAAGCGGCGAUGGCUGUCAUCAUGAGUUUAUUGGAGGCUGACGCUGGCCUCGGUGGUCCCGUCGACUUUUCAGGCCUGCCCUGGCCUCUGCCCUGACUCGAGCUCGUCCGAUGGCCUGACGAGGUGCAUACCUACGUUAUACAAAUCAAUUUUUUUUUUUUUUUUAUAACUAGAUCAUAUUUUCAGUCGAUUAUCAUUACAAAAAAUGUAGCUCUAAGUGUUUUUUAUGAUUAUUAUUAUUAUUAUAUUUUUUCAAGGCUAAAUACGAUAAGGAAGAAUCUUAGUAGUUUCAAUGUGUGCCAUUUUUUUUCAUAUGUGUCGAGCGUCUAGGAAUAUAAAUUAUGGAGACUUUUAUAUUGACUUUGCAUAAUUUUAAGUGAUAGUCGCGUCUUGAAUCAAUGUAGUGUAACAUUGUUUUAUUUACGUCGAUCAUUAUUGGAAUUGUAAGAAAAUACGUUGGAGUCUGCGAUGAACAAUGGAGAUGAAACUGCGAUAAAUAUAUUUAUUUAUAACUAUAGUUCAAAUGUUGUUUCUGUUUGUGGUAAAAGACAAUAAAAGUAUGUUUGUCUGUCG